AUUUUUUUUUAAUACCCGUGUUUUUUUAUGUUUUAUGGUUAAACCUCCUGUCAUUUAAACCGGUUUUACAGACUAUGUUCCAAUGAACCUCAGAUGUUUAAGGUUCAUUCUUAUGACUAUGCGCCUUAAUAAAAGUUUCAGAUAUAUUCAAUUCAAACUUCACUAUGGUUAGACCAUCGGAAACAGCGAUGUUUUUACUUUUAGUGACUUUUGUUGCGCCAUCUUUAGCUGCAAAUAUUUUGUAUCCAGUGGAAAGUGAAAGUCGCGAACUUCGUACUCUACAUGGCCUAUGGAACUUUAAAAUAUCUCCACUGUCUGACCAAUUGAUCGGGUUUGAUGAAAAAUGGUAUGCAGUGAGAUUCGAAACACUUGGUGAUUAUUGGAAAAUGCCUGUUCCAUCUAGUUACAAUGAUGUUUCUACAAACUCAACCAUACGAGAUUACGUCGGAUGGUCGUGGUAUCAAUAUGAGUUUUAUGUACCAAAAAGAUGGACUGAUGAUAAACUGAACGUAUUUUUGCGGUUUGGAAGUGUGCAUUUCAAGUCAAUUGUGUGGUUAAAUGGUCAAUUAUGUGUAGACCACGAAGGCGGCCAUUUACCAUUUAUUGGUGACGCUACUCGCUUCCUUAAAUAUGGUGAACUUAAUUUAAUUGUUGUUGCUGUAAAUAACACCCUGCGACCAGAUACUAUACCACAAGGAUAUACAAAAUACCCGAACAACACGUACAAGUAUCCAAAAGAUUAUAGAAUAUAUUCCCACGAGUUUGACUACUUUGAUUAUUCUGGUAUAAACAGAGCAGUCCAUUUAUAUACAACGCCAAAAGAUUAUGUUUGUGACAUCACCGUAUUGACAAGUUUUGGAAAUAACUCGGAAGGAGUCGUUGACUACAAAGUCGAUAUUUGUGGAAAUAGUGUUCCUGAAUGUAAUAUUACACUUUUGGAUGCUAAUCGGAAUGUAGUAGUCGAAUCGAAUACGUGUUCUGGACAGUUAAUAAUACCAAAUGUAAUCCCUUGGUGGCCAAUUAUGUCUGGCAAAAAACACAUAGCAUACCUAUAUACUUUUCAGGUGAAGACCAAUAAUGAAAAUAGUGAUUAUUAUCGUAUGCAAAUUGGUGUUCGAACACUUCAAUGGACAUCAAAAGAAUUAUUGCUAAAUAACGAACCGAUUUAUUUAAGAGGAUUUGGAAAGCACGAAGAUUCUAUAAUACGAGGAAGAGGUUAUGAUGAUGCAUUAAGUGCCAGAGACUUUUAUUUAAUAAAAUGGUUAGGUGCUAAUUCUUUUCGUACAUCACACUACCCAUACGCAGAAGAAACAUUACAGCAAGCCGAUUCAGAAGGUAUAUUAGUAAUUGUGGAAAGUGCUGCAUGCAACUUGAGAAUAUUUGGACCAGAUGUAAUGAAAUUCCAUAAAGGUGUUAUGACGGAAAACGUGAAUCGUGACAAAAAUCAUCCGAGUGUUAUUAUGUGGUCAUUAGCUAACGAACCACAUAACAAUUUAGAAUUAUCUGUACCAUAUUUUCAAGAACUUUACCAACAUGUACGAAAAAUGGAUCCAUCGAGGCCAAUAACCUUUGUCAACAGUCAACAAAUUCAAAAUGCUAAAGCGAUUGAGUACAUGGAUGUUCUAACAUUAAACCGAUACAGCAGCUGGUAUAGUGAUUCAGGUCAUUUAGAGCUUAUUCAAUAUCAAACAUACAAUGAGCUUGAAGCAUUUACAAAAAAAUUCAAGAAACCUAUACUGUUAACCGAGUAUGGUGCUGGAGCAAUUCCUGGGUUACAUUCGCUUCCAGAAACAAUGUGGAGUGAAGAUUAUCAUGUUACUCUGCUUCAAGAACAUUUUAAAACUUUUGAUUCAUUAAUAGCCAAUGGCAUUCCAAUCUUAGGAGAGAUGAUAUGGAAUUUUGCGGAUUUUAAAACACCACAAGAGUAUAUAAGACCGGGGUUAUGUGUAAAAGGAUUAUUUACCAGAGAACGACAACCGAAGAUGGCUGCAUACGUGGUCAAAGAACGUUAUAAUGCAUUCAAAAGCAACUCUCCAUCUCAGAAUCAAUCUCUAAAUUAUUAUUGUGUGUAAAUGUUUUAUAAAAAAAGUACGUAGAUAAUUAUGUAACGAAUUCGAUAGUAUAUUAUGAUUUAUGUCGCAUAUUUAUUUUCUCUAAAAUAUUUAAGAUGUACGUUUUUAUUAGAUAAGCUAUUGUUAAUGCGUAGGUGGUUGUAGGAUGUAUACAACUAAUUAUUCUGUAUUUAAAACACAAAUAAAUAGUAGCUCAUAUA